AAAUUAUAUGUUGGAAUUCCACUAUAUCGCAAAACACCAAUGAAACGCUUUGAGCUUUUGCAUAUUCACGUUCCUAUUAAUUGACUAUAAAAUCGAACUUUGGCUUUUCACAUGUGCAUUUGAUUGAGUUCACUUCACGGUUCACUUUGCUGAGAUGGAGACGUAUGAAGAGUGCUGUUGCGAAAUGUUAGCGGUCGACAAGGACGACGAUGCAAUCYUAUCGCAAUUGGUGGACAGUUUUGAAAACGAGAACUCGUCUUUAACUGUAAAAACUAUUGAAGAGGAGCAAGUCGAAGAACCUCAGCAAAGUCGUUUCAAGAAAAUGCAAGAGAGGAAUUUAGUAGAACUAGCAGAGGAGUCGAUUCCAACUAAUACAAAGAGUAAAGCCAUGUGGGCUUUCCGUUUAUACCAAAAUUGGGCAAUGUGGCGAAAGAGCGGUGACUUUUCUAAAGAUGAGAAGUCUAUGGUUUCUUAAAUAGUGGAGAAGACGACAGAAUUGUUGGAUAUUACGCAAGACGAAAACCUGAGUGACGUUGUUAGCCAAUUCAUCGCUGAAGUUAGAAAGGAAGGAGGCGAACGAUAUCCCGCCAAAACAUUGCACGAGAUAUUGAGUAGUUUGCAGAAGUAUUUUUAAAUG